AUGGCACCACCUACUCAUACGAAUUUGAUGCGCGAUUUACUACGAGCGGUACAAGAGUUGAGCAGUAAUUCUGAACCACUGGUUGUCAAAGAGUGGAUAAGAGGCCUGCAACGCAUAUUUCGACACAUUGCUUGUAUGGAUGCACAGAAAGUAUUAUGCACAAAAUUUAUGUUGAUUGGAGCAGCUGGUCACUGGUGGGAAUCUGUUUCACGUACAAGGACGGAAGAGCAGCAACGUAAUCUGACUUGGGAGCAGUUUAAAGAUGAAGUGAUGACAAAAUAUUUCCCACAGGCUUUGAGGGACUUCAAGGAAUCAGAAUUUCUACAGCUUAGACAGGAGAACAUGUCACUUAUUGAUUAUGAAAGACAGUUUGAGCAGCUCUCAAGGUAUGCCCUGCACUUGGUGGAUACAGAAGUUAAGAAGAUUAGGAGGUUCGAGAAUAGACUACGCCCUGAGAUCGCCAUGAUCAUUAUGUCCCAUCGUUUCACCUCAUAUCGUGAAAUGUUGGAGAGGGCUCAUGCUAUUUCAUAUUAG